UAUCUAAUAUGAUUAGAGGAAGCAAUACGAAGCCCCAUUCUGCUCCAAGCGCCUUGCCACUUUGAAGCAAAUUUAUGAAAAUGACUAGUGUAAGUCAUCCAAAUGAGGAAUCUAAAAACCAGUCUUCCUCAAGUGGGUUGAAGGAUAAUAGACACGAACUGACAAUCUCCAGUCUAGACACCACCCAGAUGCUGUACAUUGACGACUUCUUUUUCAUGCUUGGCAACUCCUGUAAUGCUAGCGAUCAGAGCGAGUAUUUAUUCAUGGUCAAAGGAAGUGAGAUCAAGGACCAUUUUAAGUUACAUACAAAGACACUUGCAAUAAAGAAGAUCAAUAUUAAGGAAGAGAAACUGAUCGUCUCCCUGGGAUAUGACACCAUCCCUGAGGAAGGCAAGACAGGCGAUAUAGAUGUAGUUGGCGCUGCUGGUCGAAGAAGAUGCAUCAAGGUGUGGAGCUACAGCAGCCUUAUAAUGGGAGAGUAUAACGAUUAUGUCCAAGCUGGUAUAACAGGCGGCUUUGAACCCUCUAUGUCUAGUCCAAGGAUCAUUGAGCUGGAGGAUAAUGUUGAUUCUCCUCCAAUGGACUUUUUGGAUGUCUCUGCUUGUGGCCAGUAUAUUGGAGUCGUAUCAAGCAGGGAAAGAAUUACUAUUCAUAAAGCAUACCCUAAUUUCAGCAUUCCUCCAGAUAAGGCUAUUAAGAGCAGAGAAAUUGAAGUGACACUGAGAAAAAGCAGUUCUCAAAUUCUAAGUUGUCAUUUCUAUAGAGAUAGAAUCUCCAACAUCAACUAUGUUUACAUUGUUGCCUCUGAUAUGAUCUAUCUGAUUGAUACUGAAAAGAAAGUGUCUGAAACCAUGGAACUGACUAUGAAUGAAGUGGAGGUCAUUCCCAGUUGAGCAUACUGAGACAAUAUUUCUGGAAACUUGAUAGUAUCCCAGUCAUACCACAAUGACCCUAAUGUUCCUCCAGUUGGAGAAGCUAUCUACAACCUUGACACCCCUCCAACUCUGAAAUUUUUAUCUGAAGGGCCAAGAGUCUUUACAAAAUUGUACGGAAAGUUGAUGGUAGUUGUGACUGAGAAAGAGAACAAGAGCAAAAAGCACUAUCUGGAGAUUUACGAUGCAGGUAUUCAGAUCUUGUAUUAUUCCAACUCAUAUCAUACUAUUCAUGAGAUCAUCAUUGAGAGUAGUACAAUUUACCUGUUCGUCACUCAUGAUGAGAAGAAUGGCAUCGCUGAGAAGGAGCUUAUCAAAUUGACAGAAAUCACUGUUGGAGAGAAAAUCAAAAUUUUAUUGGAAAAGAGUCUCUUUGAGCAAGCUAGUCAAGUCGCUAUCAACGCCGAGUGCUCUGAGGAGAUCAAGGCAGCCGUGGCUAGAGAACAAGGGGACCAUUUUUACUUAAACAGGAAGUACAAGGAAGCAAUGGAGCAAUACAUCAAAACCAUUGGAUAUGAAGCCCCGAGUUAUGUAAUCGAGAAGUUCCUGGAAGUUCAAAACUUAGACCUUCUGAUAGAGUAUCUUGAGAAGUUGAUCGAAACUCCUAUUACAAAGAACAAUACUUUAUUAGGGAAUAACAAGGAUUAUACAGCUUUGCUUCUGAACUGCUACCUCAAGCAGGAGAAAAAGAGCAAGAUUGAAGAACAAAUGAUCAAGGAUAGAGGCUCAGACUCUAUUUUCGAUGUUGAAACAGCUAUUGAUGUCUGUAGACAAAAACAAGGAUACUCCGAUCUUGCCAUCAAGCUUGCCAAUAGAUAUGAGAAAUGGGAGCUCUUAGUGAGCAUCUAUAUUGAAGAUUCUAACCAAAACAUUACUGGAGCUCUUGAGAUCAUCGAUGAGAAGAUCAAGGAUGUCAAGGACAAGCUAAAUUUAUUGAAGCAAUAUGGAGGCGUCAUCCUAAAUAGGAGCAGCGGAUUCAUCCAUUCUGAGAAGAAAAUGUCCAAUUUAUUACUCAAAAUUACAAAAUAUUUGAUCAUGAAGAAGAAAAAUCCUGGGUUCAAGAGCCCAGAGUACCAGAAUUAUAGCAUGAGGGAUGAUAAGGACGAUAUUAAGAUAUCUGAAAUUAUCAAAAUCUUCGUUGACAACAAUGAUUCCUUAUGUGAAUACCUAAAGAAAGUCCUUGAUGAGCAUGGAGAUGAUGCCAACAAAAUUUGUGGAGAUGACCUUCAUCUAUACCACAAGCUCUUGGAAUGCUAUCUGAACAAAUACUCUGAGAAGAGAUCUACAAAUGUGCAUUCAACGAUCAGCAAAAUAGAUAAUGACAUAAAGGACUUUGUCAAGAUCAAUGAGUCGAAGAUAGACAAGAGUUAUGUCCUCUAUCUGUUCAGAUUCUAUAGCUAUCUGGAUGGAAUCCAGAAGCUAUCCCAACAACUGAAUAUGAACCAGGAGCUACUCUCUGUGUUCAUUGAGAAGAAGGAAUAUGACAACAUCGUUAGACUUUGUAAGGAGAAAGGAGGUCAAGAGAAGGAUCUCUGGAUUCAAGCCCUCAAUCACUUCAGAGAGGAAGGAGAGAAUUUUAAAUUACAGGAAUGACUUGAGUAUAUCAGCGAAAAGGAGGUACUGACCCCUCUGAUGGUGCUUGAUAUUCUUAAAAAUACUGACUCUGAUCUCAAGUUUAAAUAUAUUAGGAACUAUAUGUUUGGAGAGAUCAAGAAAUUAGACUCUAAAAUUAAGAACAGUAAGGAAGAAAUUGAAGCCAAUAUGCAAGGUAUUGCUGAGAAAAAGAAAGAGUAUCAGGUACUGACAACCACUCCUCAGCAAUUUGAGCAAUCAACCUGUUCAAAAUGUGGUGAUAGACUAACUGUCCCAACCUACCACUUUAUGUGUGGCCAUGUGUACCAUGAGAGCUGAGUUGAAGAAGAUAAAGAAACCUAUAAAAGAGUCUGAUUAUUAUGCAAUAAGCAAUUCACUGAAGCUAUUGAUAGGAAAAAUUUGUUCGAAGGAAAGGCCAGAGACCAUCAACAAUUCUUCACUGAGUUGGAAGGUGAUGACAAGAAGAUGGACACUAUAGCGACCUAUUACGGAAUUGGCUUGUUCAAUGACAUCCAGAAAGAACUAGAGGAAAAUGAGUUAUAAAUAAUUGAUGGAUAGUAACCAGGCACCAAUAACGAUUGUUCCCAGUUUUCAAUA